AUCAGAUAAAUUAUAUAUAAAAUUAGUAUUUUGUAAGCUAACACCAUCUAAAUUUAAAAAAUUACGCGAUCUAUAAAAUAGUUGGUCUUUAUAGUAGUAGUACUUUGUCGAUGAUGCGACGAACAUUGGCCUAAUGCUUUAAUCUUGCUUUAAAAAAAAAUUUUAACAAGAUUUUGUUUUUUUAAUGAUGCUGAUUAAGCUCUUUUGUGUCUACUUGGCCUAUAUCAAGCGAAGUGGUAACGGCGCGACGCCAAGUAUAUAAUUUUAUUUUUACUAAAUAAAUGGCGUUUUGAGAGACUCGCAUUUGCUCGAGACGGGCCCCGUCUUUGACAGACACGGUCCUGCGACGUGCCGCCAUCGUGCCCAUCGUGGCGUGGCAGUCGAGUUGGCUGCCGCGCAGUAACAUCGACGUCCACCAUUACGCUAGGGAGUUAGAUCGGGAUACUAGGCGAGGAAGGAAUCUAGAGAUCGUCGUCCCGUUUCUUCAGGUUCCCCACCCACAUCAGGUGGCCGCGGUGACGGCGGCGAGAAAGAAAAAAAAACUAUUUAGUGAUUUCGCGCCGCGCGAUUUUGGACAUUCCUGAAUUUUCUGAGAGCACGCGACACGCGACAUCGGAGAAUUCGACGCGGAUGGAGAGAGGCAACCCGUCGAAACCUGUGACGCUCCUCUCCAAGCAGAGCGUGAUAUGCAGAAAUCUACUACCCAUGCCGUUGAACCCGCGACUCACGCCGACCGGGAAGAUCAGCCAUGCAAAAACCCGGGUCUACACGCAGCGCUACAGAAAGGAGUGGGAACAAAUGUCGGACUUCAAAGGAUGGUUGACUUCAGUUCCCUUUCAACAAACUCGUGCUUAUUGUCUAUAUUGCCAAAAGAAUUUACACGCACAUCGUUUGUCGCUGCUGAAGCACACAUGCACAAUGAAGCAUCAACGAGCGGCUUUAUCGUAUAAAUUGGAAGAGAAACAGACACAAAAAACGGAUCCCGAUGCACCAGAAGUGGGGCUUAUGGAAGAAGUUGAGACUUUGGAUGAUUCUUCUCAAACGGAAUUAGGAGAGGAUACUGAAGAUGAUAUCGAAUACGUUGUUGAGACAUUGGAAACGGACGAAGAGUCAAUGGAAUUCGAGGAUAUAAAAGAAAAAAUUCAAGAAGACAUAGAACAGGAAGAAGAAAAGGAGAUGGACAGCAGUCAAUCCAAUAAGGAUUCUACAUCUGUAAUAAAGAAGAUUAAAUUAUUGCCCGAGCAAAAAUGUCAAGAUCCUCUGGCACAUGCGAUGGCCCACGUUCAUAACGAAUAUCUCGAGGAGGAAAUCGGGGACCAAGAGAACGUGCAGAUGGAGAUGGUGAUAGAAUCGACUGAAUCAAACGAUGAUGCAUCUGUCGAUCUACCGAUGGACGACAAUGUCGAGAAGACAUCAAAAUCAAAUGAAAAUGAAAAAUCGGUAAUAAAAACCACCAAGAAUGGAAAGGUCCUUCUGGAAGACGGUAAAGUUAAUCUGAUCGUAACCUCAUCGUUACCGGUACUGAAUACGGCUUAUCAAACAAACAUCUCGACAAGCACAGCGCCAACUAAGAAUACGAUUAGUUUUGUGCCGAUCGCGCCGAAGACUCAAAAGACUAUCACUCUGAUGUGCGGUAACAAACAGUUUACAUUAACUGGUGGUACAUUCCAACCGGGCACACAGUAUGUGCUAACCAAGCUUAAGGGUAAGCCGGCAUUGAUGCUGAACGAUCAAAAGAAGGUGAACGUCGCGGUGAAUGAACCAGAGAACAAAACCAAAGAGGACUCAACUGUAUCCGACACCAACCAACCACCGACCGUUCCUGGCACUAGUCAGCAACCGAUUGUCAAUCAACAAUCUACUGGCGGCAAAUUAUUGACUAAGAUGACUGCGGGAAAACCGACAAUGAAACAUACAUCAACUACAUCAAAAAAAUUGCGCGUUUCUACAUAUGUUGUGGAUACUGUUAAGGGAAUUCCCAUUGGUGGGUUACAAGUUAGUUUGUACAAAUUGAUGGACGGUAAAUGGACCUUUUUGAAUGAAAAUAAUACAAACGCAGAGGGUCAGUGUGGUGAUCUGCUGGAAAAGGUGAACGGUACAAUCGGUCGUUAUAAGCUUCAUUACGAUGUUGAUAAGUAUUUCACAAUGAAAAAAAUAGAUACUAUGUUUCCGUUUAUCGAGAUUAUAUUUGACGUAAAGAACCCAAACACUCAUCAUCACAUACCUCUUUUAUUGAGCCCAUUUGGUUAUACAACUUACCGUGGUACGUAAGUAGGAUGUGCUAUUGAAUAAAUUCCUUUGUGAUAGAAAUGGUUGCGUGGGACUUUACAAUUUUUGAAGAUGAAACUGCGAGUAUAUUACUAUUUUCAUAUCGUAAAAUUAAGUAAGUUAAUGUGUAUGUUACAUAUACAGUGAGGGGCAAAAGUUUCGAAACGGCUAAUUAUUUUAGAAAGUAUUUGUUUCGUGGAAAAACGUUUUAAACAUAAAU